CCAAGUCGAAUGAGCCAGUAUCGGACGGGCACUCUGCGGUGUCACGUGCACCGUCUUUUCUCGAUUUGCGAACUGAUUUUUUUAACCAAUCCCGACGCGCGAAAAUUCUCGCCGAAACGAAGACAAAAUAAAAACGAUCAGGCGAACAGUGGAAAGGCCAGUGCGCUCUAUCACGAAUAUCGGAUUACCCUUUCUCGCGACGUCGUGAGGCAGGGAACUUGAAGAGGAGCGCAAUGUCAGCUGCGGUGAGGGAGAGAACAACGACGCACACCAGCAGAAAGAUCGUGAGUCAUGGCGGUCCUAUAUCUGGCCAGAGCCAGUCGGCAACCACGGCCAACAGCCUCGAAAACAACUUAGAUGCUCUUCUUGAGGACUUGCAGACUAGUGUCUCUAGGAGUGCCACCCCUAGCCGGGCUGGCGGGGCGCGUUCGCCUCAAGUAGAGUACCGCGUGGCUGCGAAUCCUACCAAAGUGGUUUCGUCAGUCAGAACUAUUUCGCCAACGCGAACGAUGACAACCACGACGGAAAAGUACGUGAGCAGUGGCCCGAGUGGAGCAGCCAGUGGUAUACCGGGUUUGGACUUCAUCGAUUCGGAAUUACAAAAUGUACAGCCUGGCCAAAGUAAAACGAUCGCUUACAAACAAGUGUCGUAUCAGUACAACAAGAGCCUCGAUGGAAAACCAGUUGAUUCAUGGACAGCAGACAAUGCGUUAAACACCAGUUCGAAUAUGAUCGACGAUAUUCGAGAAAGGACCUACGACGAGAGCACGCUGCAUCGCGGCACGGAACCUGUUAGCAAGUCAGUCAACAGGGAACUGGUAUACAGCGAUACAUCCACGUCCCGUUCGAAACAGGCUUCCCCUUUGCCAGGUGUCCAAAGGGAUGUCAAGUACAUUCAAGAGUCGAGCUAUCAAACGGAGCCACAGCAAACGGUGACGACGAUGCACACAAGUGCCGCGCAAGAAUACGGAAGCAUGGAAUAUGUACCAGUCCCAUCGCCAACGCCAGCGAUACCGAUCAACCUGGCACCGGGACCGAACACAAAAGUAACGACCACCAUUAAAACGUACACGUACGAACUACCGGGACCGCCUGAAACCUAUCUACCAGGUGGCAACGUGCCAGGUUCAGUUGUUCUGCCAGGCGAUCAGACUAUCACGUACACGAUACCAAAAGGCACCACGACUACGGACAAAACGAUCAGUUAUCAAACCAUGACCGAGAACAUACCACCGAGAACGCCGACUAGAUACAGCAGUCCACCUCCUCCUUUGACAGACAUCACGAAGAAAUCUACGACGAUUCAUCAAGAGUCGAAGUUCUACCGAGAGGACCAUCUCGGUUCGCCAGGCCAACCGACGUACCGUCCGAGCUCGCCGCCUUUGGAAACCAAGACAAGAGUCACGAGAAACGAGAAGUACUAUCAGACAGACGGGAUUUAUGCGAAUGGACAUCCGCCUGGCGAUCGGACGGAUUACCCGGGAACCGCGACGGUACCAAGGUCUAUUACACCGACGCAAUCUAACAGCGCGACUAUAUACAAAUUUUCGAACACGACCACGACGAUACCGCCGAGCAAGUACCCUGAAGACCACGAGGUUCUGUUGCCAAAACCAUUUCCAACAGACGGCAUUUCUACGAGCAAGCCUGCUAAAGUGCAAACUCCGCCUAAGAAGUUGGAGGAGCUCAUGGCAUCUUUUUCUGACACGGAGCGUGAAGUACUGGACAACAUCGAGAAACGAGAAAAGGUACAAAAGAGGGAGUCGCCAGCCGUUAAGAAGGAAGUUGAUUUCAUACCUCACACACCGCCCGUAGUGCAAAGUAAAAAUGUUGCUGGACCCCCGGUUUAUUAUCCUCCGGGCGCAGCAGAAUUUACUAAGAAAGAAGAAGCUAGCGCAGCUAUGUCGCAGUCUGGCGGUGGAUGGCAAAAGGGUAAAGCAAAGUACGAAUAUGAAGCAUCUAGCAAAAGCAAAGCGAAAUCGAGCAGCGGCAAAGCGGUCGUCCCCGUUUGCCUGCCUCUCUGCUGCGCCUUGCCAUGUGUAAUUAUGUAACUUAUUUUAAUAUUACCAUAAACGUGUUAAUCGAUUAAGCAACCUAAUAGUCACGUUUUAAACGAUCGCCCGUCUGAAUUGAUCUGUCUUCCGUCACUUACGUAGGAUAAUACGCGCAGGAAAAAUAUUUUUAUAUUUAAGAAGCAGUAAACGACUUUAAGCUAAUGAUAAGCACAGUAAUAAAUAUUUUUGGAUUCUUUAUCUAUGUGAGCAAUCAUGUACAUAUAUUAUAUCGAUGAAUAAAUAUACAGGUAAAAUUUCAUAUACUUUGGAUCGACAAAAGGAAUGAUUGCUAGGAACGAGAUAUUGUAGUAUCAUAAUUGUAAGCUUUGUUACUUAUAACCGAGCUAUUUCUUCAUAUUUUUUAUUAUUAAAUUAUUUUCAAAUAUGAUACUGUUACACUUUUAUACAAGGAAUUAAAUUAUAAAACUGGUCUUCAUUUAGCACAUGUUCUUAUUUUACUACUAUAGGAAUAAAGGAUUUAUUUAUUUUUUCUUCUGUUUAUCACGAAAACACUCUUUUAUAUCUGUUCCAAAUACUUUAUUUCAGUAUACAUUAUAUUUAUACACAAGAGUUAUAUUGUUACAAAAUAAUUUGUAUCUUUGGUAGAAUCUCUUUCCCAAGUGCUUACAUCUUAAUUUUAAUUGUUGUAGCUAUUACAUAUUUAUAUAAAACAGUUUAAUUAAUGGAUAUAAAUGGAAUAAAAUUCUAUAUUAAAAACCUGCUGGAUGUUCGCGAUGUUAGGAUAAUUUUACGUUAAAUAAAUAAGUGAAAGUCAUAGGUAUAAUAAUAGGAAAUGCCUUCAAUCUCACGAUUUUAAAAACUUUUGUAACUAUGAUAUAAUACCGUGAAUUAUGGUGCUAUAAUAAUUGUAAUGAACAAAGACAUGUACGCGUAAUGCACGCUCGACAUGGAAAUGCGAGUGCGUGUAUUAUAAAGUGCAUGUAUAAAGUUUAUUCUUAAAUGUAUGUAAAAGUCGUGCCAUGUCAAUACAUAAUACACAACAUAUAUCAAACGUGUGUUGAUAAGUAACAAUAACUUCUACGCUACAAUAAAAUAUCUGUUCUUCCUA